AGGAACAUUGAUCAGUUUAGUCCUGGACAACAAUUAUAGUGAAUGGCGCAACAAGCAGUGCAGAAGAACACGCUGUACGUGGGAGGGCUGGCGGAGGAGGUGAACGAGGCGAUACUCCACGCGGCGUUCAUACCCUUCGGGGACAUUAAGGACGUCAAGACGCCGCUGGACCAGGCCACCCAGAAGCACCGCUCCUUCGGCUUCGUCACCUUCCUCGAGAAAGAGGACGCCUCCACCGCCAUGGACAACAUGGAUGGCGCCGAGCUCUACGGCCGCGUCCUCACCGUCAAUUACGCCCUCCCCGAGCGCAUCAAGGGUGGCGAGCAAGGCUGGGCCGCCCACCCCAUUUGGGCGGAUGCGGACACAUGGUUUGAAAGGCAGCAGCAAGAAGAAGAAAUGCAGCGUAUUCAGGCGGAGAACCGGGCUGCAAUGGAGGCUGCAGAGGAGUUGCAUCGAAAAAAAAUGGCCCAAGAGCGAGAAGGGGAAAAGGAAGAUGAAACAGUGAUCAAGGAUGAUCCCAUGGCAAGGGCUGAAGCGGAGGUUUUGGAACAGAAUAGUUAGUUCUUAGCUACCAAAAUGAGCACUUGAUGAGCUUCGCUCAUCAUUCUUACCGAUCGUUUUUAUCAAAUCUCUAAUAUGCCACAACUCUUGUGUAAAUGAAUACUAGUAUUCCUGUAGAUGGGGAUUUGCUUCCUCUAUACGACUGGUAGGGGGUCCAGCUCAUCUGAUAAUAGAAGUACCUUUGUAAGGACUCCAUCUCAACAUCAAUUCGCAUUUGAUGGCUAUUUUACUUGAACAUUUUCAUUAAUGCCUCCCGCUUGUAGCUCGAAGUCAAGCAGAAAGUAGAAAGAAAGCCCGAGGUGCUGACCCGCAGCGAGGCAGGCCCGUCUAUCCCGAUCAGGAUGAUCUUGAAUUAAGAUUUGCUUGUUUUUACUUGAAUUAAGACUUGAAUGAAGCAGAAACCCGGGGGAAAUCUUGAUUUGCUUUGUGAUCUUUUGAUUUUGAUAACUUCUUUCUGCUUCAUGGAUGGCCUAGUAGAUUUUGUGGUGGACAAUGGUCCAUGAUUUCUAUUUUAAGUUCACUCCUGGGUUAUUUGCA